AUGGAUCUAGUAGUAUCAAAGCGAAAGAAAUGGGUAUGGCGCAGUUUCAUACUAGAACUUCCGCUAGGCGGUGUCUUCGGUAGGCAUGCUGGGGAACCUAAACAAGAUAACUCUGGCCGAGGUGACCCUGCUCGUAAACAGGCUGCUGGAACACCUUCGCAACAGGCUUCUGCACCACCUGCACCAGCAGCGGCUGCACCGGCCUCUGCGCCACCGAAACCAAUUCCAACUCCUACUGCUGAUGGUGGUGACAACAACUACGAGGACAUUCAAGUUGGCGAAAAUCCGCCCCCUCCACCACCAUCCUAA